AUGGACAUGCUACCAGAAAAUCUCCAAACUCUCCUCACCAAUCCGACAAUAACCUACCUAAAAUCCCACACCCAAGAAACACUGACCACCCACCUCUCCGGCAUCCGCGAAACAUAUAUACAACCCUACAUAAUAGCCCCGCUGUCAUCCCUUCUCGCCUCAACGAGCACAUCCGCCAUGCCUGACCUCAUGCAACUGCUCAUCCUAGCGCUGGUCCUGUUCAUCUCGCUGAAGGUCCUGGACUAUGCGCGCCGCGUCAUUAUGUUCUGGGUUAUGCUGGCCUUUAGGCUUGUUUUCUGGGGAUCGGUGCUCGGGCUGGGAUUUUAUGUUUAUCGCGUUGGGGUGGAGAAUGCGGGGAGGGAUUUGGGGUGGGUUUGCGGUGUUCUGCUCGGGUUUGUGGAGGACUUUCAGGCGCGCGCUGCUGCGGGUAAUGGUGGUGCCGGGAGUAGAGGUGGAAGUGGAUGGGGUGGUGCUGGGACUGGGGCUAGGGGUGCGAAGAAGGGUUAUAACCGGUGGUAA